CUUUUUCUCUUUUCCUCAUCCAUCCGUUUUAUCUUUUUUGUUUCGAUCCUCAACCGAUGCUGAUGAUACUAAUCACAGUAAUACACACUCUCGUCUCUCAUUCCUUCGCAUUCAUCUCUCUCUCUCUCUCUCUCCCUGCUCUUCUUGUUUUCCAUUGAGCAUGAGCAUAUUCUGUUCGAUGAAAUGUUUGAUAGCUUGGUUAGCUAAGUAGCGAGAAGGAAGAGGCACCGCCGCGAGAUUACCGCAUGGCUCUCGAGAUAGGGUCCUUGCCGCCGCCAUUCCGGCUUCCGCCCUUCACCUGCGACCUCCACCCCGACGAGACCGUCACGGGCUUCUGCGCUUCGUGCCUCCGGGAGCGCCUUGCCGGUCUCGACGCCGCCCCCGGCCGCCGCUCCACCUCCUCCGUCUCCGCCCUGAAGUCCGUCUUCUCCAGGGUCUCCGCCUCCAGCCAUCCCUCCUUCCUCCGCCCCGAGCUCCGCCGCUGCAAAUCCGUCUCCUUCACGCGCCGCGCCGUCGCCUCUGCCUUCGGCUUCGAGUCCCAGCGCAGUUCCUGCGACGUCCGCGGCCGGUACACGCUCUGGUCCCUCUUCCGUCAGGACGACUUGGGUAGGGGCUAUCAGCCUUUCGCUCCCUCCGCCUCCACUGCCGCGGCGCCUGCGACGAUGGAGGGCGGGGGAAUCGAACUCGAGUGCCGGAGCCUCAGGUUCGUCCCUUCUUCCUCCGCCACGGUGCCUUCCCUCGGAACCCGAGCUGAUGAGGACGACGGGGAUGAGAUUAGGGCGGCGGAUCCGGUGCUUCAAGUGGGAGUGUCGUCGGACGUGGAUGGGGCAGAUGCGGUGGAGGAGACAGAGGUGAAGCCGAUGAAGGACCACAUCGAUGAGGACGUCCAGGCGAAGAAGCUGCCUUCCAAAGACCUCAAGGAGAUCGCCGGCAGCUUCUGGUUCGCGGCCUCUGUCUUCAGCAAGAAGCUUCACAAGUGGCGGCGAAAGCACAAGGACAAGAAGCGAGGCGAAGCUGCUGCGGCCGUGAUGUCCGCUGAGAAGCCGCCCAAAUUCUCGCGACGGCUACGCGACACUCAGUCGGAGGUGGCUGUGGAUGCGUUCGGUCGGAGAUCCUGCGACACGGACCCGAGGUUCUCCCUCGACGCCGCCCGAAUGUCCUUCGACGACCCGAGGUUCUCGUUGGACGAGCCGAGAGCCUCAUGGGAUGGCUACUCGAUCGGAGGCCAAGCGGCGUUCUCCCGGCUCCCCGCAAUGCUGUCCGUCGUCGAGGAUGCCCCUGCUGCUGCCGUCCUCCGGUCGGAUGGCCUCAUCCCCGUCGAGAAGGAUGCUGUCACCCCAGGUGGGUCUGCACAAACUCGGGACUACUACUUGGACUGUUCAUCCACUCGUCGCUGGCGAAGCCUUGACCGGUCCAACUCCAACAGUAUACGCGAGCAUCAGCUCAAUGAACUGAAGCCGGUCUCAUAUGCUAAAGUCUCCCCUGCUGGUGGCACGUUCUUCCCCUUCCACCAUGCCAAUUUACUUGACAGGGAUUUGAGAGAUUUGAGUUCAAAAUCUCUAAGUAACGAGUAUGUUGGGAGCUUAGAUGCAUCUUUCAGAGACCUCCGCGAGGGGGCUGCGACAAAGAAGCCCGGGAAAUGGAGCAAAGCAUGGAACAUUUGGGGGUUCAUCCAGCGAAGAAGCAACAGCAGAGCGGGCGCCAAUGUGGUUGAGAGAUCCUUAUCUGAGUCCUGGCCAGGAUUACAGUCUCAUCAGGGUUACAAUGGGAGGAUUUUAUGGAGAAACAGCACUGUCAGCUCAAGGAGUUCUUUCGGUGUUCAUGGUGGCUAUGGCGGUAUAAGGCAUAGCAGCCUAGAUAUCAAUGGUCAGAGUAAGAGGAGGAAGGAUUAUGUGCUGGAGAGGAAUCGAAGUGCUAGGUAUUCUCCGAGCUAUGGUGAUAAUGGUAUGCUGCGGUUUUACUUAACACCAAUGCGGAACAGCCGGAGGAAUGGAAGUUCAAGGAAAGGAAGGCAUAUCAAUUCCCAAUAUUUCGUGAGGAACAUGCUAGGCUUGUAUUAAGCCAGUGACUUGCUUCUACAAGGGGAGAACAUGCACCUUAAUAGUCUGAGUAUGCUUAGGCCUUUCAGGUUGUAUUGGUGUACCAUGACUAAACACAUAAAGAUCAUGCAACCCAACAUAUAUUAUGGUUGGUCACAGCUUCUGUUCAGUUAUUCAUGUAUCGUCAUCAGUAGCAACUGUGUUCCGGUUCCAAAUGUUGGACAGAGCUACAAAAACAAGAUCUCAGUCAUUUGAAUGCCUCUUAGUGCUGACUAAUAAAAUGGAUUGCAUUUGAAGUAUCUUGAGGUCUCAAAGUAAUGGAACAUCAGACCUAAUGUGUCGGCUUUUGUGGUACAGGAUUUUUCUUUACCAGUACUUAUCAAAAUGAAUAACCUUCUGUUAUCAGUGUCGAAACUCUUCCUUAUUUUUCGGCUUAGAGAUGAGACUUCGAACUGUAACUUUAUUAUUGCAGACGGUACUGAGAUGCAUUCACUAAUCAUGGACAUACCUUUGUUACCGCAGAUGAUGUCAUCUAAAAGAGAGUAUCUGUUGGCAUUGGCAGGAACAACUUGGAUUUCCAUUGUUGCUCCUUUCAGCCAACUUGGCAGCUUGGCGACUAUAAUUGGACAUGAAGCUAUUAUUGAACAUGAUUAAGUGGCAGCCUUGGUGACUAAGAUUGACAUGAUGCUAUUUUUGAACAUGAUUAAAGACAAUGGUGAAUGAUGAAGUGUGGUACAUAAAAUGCAGUGUAGGAGAUCCCAGUGUUUAGAUGAUCCAGAUUGGUGCAGAAGCUGACGAUGUCUCCUCGAGUCCGGAGGGAGGGAUUUUUUUUCUCUUUUUUAGCAAGCAAGCACUGAUUUUUGAGUUAUCGAUCCUGGAAUGCAAUCAAGAGAAUCAGAUUUGAUUGCUUGGGAGUUAAAAGAUGCAAUUUACGAUGCCACAUCUCUUUGGUGUCCGAAUCUGUUCUGUUUGGCUGUAUGAAAGGGCGCACUACAAAAUGGAAGCUGGUAGAUUUUCUUGUGGAUUAUAAACCAUAGUUGUUGUAUUGGCUACAUCA